AUGUCAAAUGAAAAAAGCGUUUGCAAUAAUUCAUUUACAAACCAUGAUGAUGGUCAAGUCAUUAAUUCCUCGAAACAGUCAGAUUUAUUAUUGCAUGAUUCGCGGGAUUUUCUAAAUAGUGUUAUCGAAGAAUUAUGUAACGUUUAUAAUAAAGAAGUUAUUAAAGGAAAUCCUAUAAGCUCAAUUCUUUACUCUAUAAAUCAGCAUUUUACAAACAAACAGAAACAACCAGAAGAAAUAAUUAA